UAGGAAUUUGAGUCCUUUGUUUGAGAAGAUUUUGUAGGAAAAGAAUCAACUGAGCUGAGGAAUGAAGAAUCAUGGCAAAAGGUAAAAGAAACAAAAACAAAAAAAUUAACGAAGGAAAAGUACUGGCAGAAGGGAUAUAGAAAAAGCAAAUGGAAAUGACUCACCUACAGACUGGGAGAAGUUAGUUGUAGAAAGAGGUAUAUGGAUCUUUGAAGAACUAACAUAGUGGGCUGGGCACAGUGGCUUAUGCCUACAAUCCCAGCACUUUGGGAGGCCGAGGUGAGAGGAUUGCUUGAGCCUAAGAGAUCAAGACCAGCCUGGGCAACACAGCAAAACCCCAUCUCUACAAAUAAUACGUAAAAAUUAGCCAGGUGUGGUGGUGUACACCUGUAGCCCCAGCUAUUCAAGAGCCUGAGGUGAGAAGAUUACCUGAGCCAGGGAGGUUGAAGCUGCAGUGAACCAUUAUCAUGCCACUGCAGUCCAACCUGGGUAGCAGAGUGAGACCCUGCCUCAAGAAACAGCAACAAAAAGAACUAACAUGCUAUUUUUACUUUAACACUUGGAAAGAGGAAACAUAUCUUGGAAGAGAUUACCAAAGAUUAAAAGUAGAGUGGAUAUAACCUAGAUAGAACAGAUGUUUCAUGUGAAAUUUGAUAUCACUAACUUAAACCAGCAGGAACUGUAUGAAUGCAAAACACCCAGUUAACAAACAGAGGCCUAACGUGUAUUUAGCUGUAUGUAUAUAUGCUUAACUACACCCAAGGAAGCUGUAGAGUUAAAACAUGAACCAUAUUAACAGAUGGGACUUCCCUGCAGAACCUUUUCUUUGAAAAAGAAGUGCUUUGAACUAGAUUCACCUGUUUGAUAUUUGAAUGCAGAGAAAAUGGGGCAAAAAGCAUCACAACAGUUGGCUCUGAAGGACAGCAAAGAGGUGCCCAGGGUCUGUGAGGUGGUCAGUGAAGCUAUAGUCCAUGCGGCUCAGAAGCUGAAGGAGUACCUUGGAUUUGAAUAUCCUCUGAGUAAACUCUGCCCAGCUGCAAAUACUCUGAAUGAGAUCUUCUUAAUCCAUUUCAUCACUUUCUGUCAAGAAAAGGGAAUUGAUGAAUGGCUGACGACCACCAAGAUGACCAAGCACCAAGCCUUACUAUUUGGCGCUGACUGGAUUUGGACCUUUUGGGGAUCCGACAGGCAAAUAAAGCUUCAGCUGGCAGUACAGACUCUGCAGAUGUCUUCACCUUCUUUCGUGGAAUCUAAGCCUUGUGACCUUUCCAAUCCAGAAUCAAGGGUAGAGGAGUCUUCCUGGAAGAAAAGUAGAUUUGAUAACCUGGAAGAAUUCUGUAACUUGAUAGGAAAGGAUUGCCUGGGUCUGUUUUUCAUCUUUGGGAUGCCGGGAAAGCCUAAAGACAUCAGGGCAGUUGUCCUGGACAGUGUCAAAAGUCAGAUGGUGAGGAGCCGUCUGCCAGGAGGGAAGGCUGUGGUUCAGUUUGUUCUGGAAACUGAAGACUGUAUCUUCAUCAAAGAGCUGCUUGGAAGCUGUCUGAGUAAGAAAGAUGGGCUGAGAGAGGUGGGCAAGGUUUAUAUUAGCAUUCUCUGACCUGGAUAUGUAUGAUGUGACUGGCCUGUAAGAAGAAAAGAGAAAAAGAUUCUAAUAAACAAGCUCACCUAUUUGCAUCAUUCCAGCAUGGGAUUUUUUUUUUUCUUUUAUUUUCCCAUUGACCUAAAAUGAUUACUGGGUUCAACAUAUAUUCGUAUCACAAUUACAGAGAGAGAAAAAAACCCUGGCUGUAGUUCAGGAAAACUUAUAAUUUAGUUUAAUAUUUCAUUUACUUAUUUAGUAAUAAAAAUGGGAAGAGAUAAUACAGUCACAUUUAAAGUUUGAUUUGCAAAAAGAAAAAAAGGUGUCUGUUUGAAAUACUAAGUCUAGCACUCAAAAGUAUAAAAUGUGUUUUUGCAUCUGUUGGUGGGAGGUGGGUAGGGUAAAGUAGUGGGUAAGGCUAUUGAGCAGGUUUAAUUAACAUUUGUAACACCAGUUUCAAGCCACACACAGUGGCUUGCACCUGUGGUCAGCUACUCGGGAGGCUGAGAUGGGAGGAUCACUUGAGCCCAGGAGUUUGAGGCUACAGUGAGCUAUGAUUGCACCACUCUAGCCUGGGCAACAGAAUGAAUCCUCAUAUGUAUAUAUUUUUAAUAGUUUUGGUUCAGGACUCCUGAGAAAAACUCACGGUGUUCUUCUCCUCCAACACUUAACCUACUCUGCCUCCUCCCUAUCUGCUGUCUCUGCACUGAGAGGACUUUGAUGGGAUUUACUUUGAGAUUCACUUGAGUGUUAGCUCUACCUAUGGUUUAAAAACAGUGACCUAUAUAACAGUUCCUUUUAAUAAUAAUAUUUGUUUAGCCUUUGCAGUAAGGAAAAUGUAUUCACAUAUAAUAACCAUUUUUGCUUAAACGCCAGUGUGGAAUUAUAACAGUACAAAGAGGAAUCACCAUUACUUAUUGUACUUGUAAGUCAAGUCAGAUGCUUUACAUAUAUUAGCGUAAUUUGCAUGUGUCUUCCAUGACUCUAAGAGGUUUCUAUUUGCCAAAUUAAAGAGGUUAGUUAGUUAACUCAUAAAUCUAUUGACUCAACAAAAAAGUAAAGUCUGUCCAGUUACAAAGCCCAUACUCUACAGUCAGGUAAAGAAUAUUCCCUGGGCCGGGCGCGGUGGCUCAAGCCUGGAAUCCCAGCACUUUGGGAGGCCAAGGCAGGUGGAUCACGAGGUCAAGAGAUUGAGACCAUCCUGGUCAACAUGGUGAAACUCCGUCUCUACUAAAAAUACAAAAAAUUAGCUGGGCAUGGUGGCGCGUACCUGUAAUCCCAGCUACUUGGGAGGCUGAGGCAGGAGAAUUGCCUGAACCCAGGAGGCAGUUCAACAACAGGUUGCAGUGACCAAGAUCGCGCCAUUGCACUCCAGCCUGGGUAACAACAGCAAAACUCUGUCUCAAAAAAAAAAAAGAAUAUUCCCUGUAAGCUUAUAAAUUAUUUUAAGUAAAAUCAAUUUACAAAAAAUAAAAGAAAGGAAAAUUCUUUGGCAAGGAGGAAUAGCUGUGAUCCCGGCACUCUGGGAGUCAGGCAGGAGGAUCGCUUGAGCCCAGGAGUUCAAGACCAGCCUGGCCAACAUGGUGAAACCCCAUCUCUACAAAAAAUACAAAAAGUCAUGGCGAUGUGUGCCUGUAGUCCCAGCUACUUGAGAGGCUGAGGUGGGGGGAUCACUUGGACCCACAAGGUCAAGGCCGCAGUGAGUUGUGAUCAUGCCACUGCACUCCAGCCUAGGCAACAGAGACCCCAUCUCAAUAAACAAAUAUAUGAAAAGAGAAUUCUCUGAUUUUGAACUACUGGAAUUGCUGAGACCACAAAGAUGUUCACCUGCAAAGAUGCUAGCUGGUUGCUGUUGCUCAUUUUUUCUCCAUUUCCUGUUGUUGAACAACCUGUUCACUGAUAUGCAGCCAUUAGAAACGUGGACUGAAGCCUUUCGCCUGCAUCCAACCUCUUAAAACUGCUUCUGUUUCUGACAGUCUUCUUAUGGCCUUAGCCCUUUCUGUAUUUCAGAAUUUAGGGCAUCUUCCUGUGAGGUUAAAUUAAGACAUGCAAGUGCAAUAUGGCGUUGUGCAGUAUAUUCCAAAGAAAUACCUCUGUUGCUGUGAUUUUUUUUUUUUAGGCAGAGUCUCACUCUUGCCAGGCUGGAGAGCAGUGGCGUGAUCUCAGCUCACUGCGACCUCCACCUCCCAGGUUCAAGUGAUUCUCCUGCCCAGCCUCCCAAGUAGCUGGGACUAAAGGUAGGCACGACCAUACCCGGCUAGUUUUUGUAUUUUUAGUAGAGAUAGGGUUUCACCACGUUUGCCAGGAUGGCUUCCAUCUCUUGACCUCAUGAUCUGCCUGCCUUCACCUCCCAAAGUGCUAGGAUUACAGGUGUGAGUCACCAUGCCUGGCCGCUGUGAUCUUUAUAAUUGAAACAUGUUGCAGUGCACUCUGAUAGUUUGUUCUACAUCAGUUUGUAAAAUGCUGACUGCAAGCCACCAAUUGAUAUCAUGACCACCAAUAGGUCACAAUCCAGAGCUGUAAAAACUUUGUCAUGGUGGAAGGAGAAAGAAUUUCUGAGUUUAGUUAAGGUCAAACUAAAAUCCCAGCUCUUUCAUUUAGAAUUAUCCAACCAAACCUCUGUGCUACUUAUUUUCAGUUCUACCUCCACAUCUACUCCCCACCUUCUCUGUCUUCUUCUGGGCUCUGGCUGCAUCACUAUGGCUUCCAUUCAGUGGAGAGCCUGAAAUCAGAAGGGGAACAAGUCUGGAAUGUAUUAGCCCAACCCUCUCCACCUCACUACGCUUGGUUCCCAACAGCUCCUGUCCAACUGGCCCUUCCCUGAGACUCCAGCUUCCUCCCCUUCCCAUCUCAGGCCAUUGUUGGUUCCAGGGUGCUUCAUUAUUCUUUGUUAGUUCCUUGCACCCUGCCCCUACCAUGGAGAUGUCCUUUUUCCUCAGGCAGACUUGAGAGUGCCAUUGAAUUUCUUCUGGAGCCCUAAUGCCUCCUGAUUUUCCCAUCUAAAAACUUGAGAUGACAAUAUCUACCUUGUAGGACUGCUAUUCAUUAUGAAAUUAAGAAUAAUUGGCCAGGAGCAGUGGCUUACGUCUGUAGUCCCAGCACUUUGGGAGGCUGAGGCAGGUGGAUCGUGAGGUCAGGAGUUAGAGACCAAUCUGAUCAACAUGGUGAAACCCAUCUCUACUAAAAAUACAAAAAUUAGCAGGGCAUGGUGGCACACACCUGUAAUCCCAGCUACUCAGGAGACUGAGGCAGGAGAAUCACUUGAACCUAGGAGGCAGAGGUAGCAGCAAGUGAAUAUCAGGCCACUGCACAGCCUGGGCAACAGAGCAAGACUCAGUCUAAUAAUAAUAAUAAUAAUAAUAAUAGUGCGUAGUACAAUAAUCUAAAUCCACUCUGAUUCUUUAUCCAGCCCAGUAAACAGGAUCCACAGCGAACGUAAAGGCGCAUCGUUCACUUCAAUCUAGAUUUAGGCUUAAGAGCAUGCUAUUUUCUUUCCAUUAACUGGGUGUUCUUCCAAUUAAAAUAAGCCUUGCAACAUUAGGGAACACCAGCCCCCAAAUCCCUUCUCUUCAACUUAUCUCUCAAAGAAGUCCUGGGGGAAAGCGAGGAUGUGGGUGUUCAUAAUCCCCGUGAUGCCUGCAGCUUCAGGGGAAAAAAAAAAAAACAUGACGUAUAUUCUCUUCAGCAUCAAGAAAUGGCUUUGUUUUCCCUCCUCCAAAGGUUUAUUCACCCCCAUAGCCCUCUCCUUGAGGAACCCGGAAUAGGAAGAACAUAGCUGCGGACUUGUAUUUAUCCUUCAUUAGGCAUUGGCAUGAAAGAGUGUUUAAUAAAAUGAAGUAUUGAUAU